AUGUCUUCCGAGGACAGCGCUAGUCACGCAAUCUCGAUACCUUCACAAUCCAGAGGACUUCGAGCUGCUGCGGCCGCCCGACGCAGCCGUUACAAAGCCCGCCUCGAGCGUACGGAUAGCUCAGACGCUGGACCGUCUUCCUCCGUCGGCUCGAGCCAAUCGUCCUGGGACAACGACAAUGGCGGGACUGCCCUGACCACAAAGGCGCAGCAGAAGGCACCCGUGCGCACACCUAUAUCUCCGACGACCACAUCGAGCCACAUUCACAGGCAAGACAACAGUAAACGGAUAACUAAGCAGCAACGACCGGUGACGCCGUCAUCGUCCCCGCCAUCGCGUAUGCCUAGCACGUUGGCCCACCCUCACAACUCCCCGCUCGGUCCGUCCAUGGCUGCCUCGACUUCGUACAAGUCGAUCAAUCUUUCCUCCGGCCAUCAUGACGACAGCGAGCCGCCGAGGCUGAUCUGUUAUACGAAACACAGCCAGGGAUUCACCUGGAACGACGAGCUGUUUCUGCCAGGAUAUCUGCUCUCUAGAUACGGAGGAUCAUCAUACAAUCGGCGACGUCGGAACAGAUUUGGAGGCAGUGCAGAGGAUGACUACGAUGAAGACGAUGACGAUGAUAUAAUGGACAGUAACGACCCGGAAAGGUGUCCCAUCACGGAGAUUUUUGUCACGGAUGAGGAGGCUGCAGAUAUGUUGCCAUAA